AUGUCACAGUCAUAUCUACCCAAAGAUUUCUUAUGGGGAUUUGCAACAGCAAGUUACCAGGUCGAGGGCGCCCCGCAUGAAGAUGGCCGCGCGGAUUCCAUCUGGGACACCUUCUGCCGCAUUCCAGGCAAAAUCGCCGGUGGAGAAUCGGGGGAUGUGGCCUGCGACUCGUACCACCGCACUGCUGAGGAUAUUGCCCUCUUGAAGGAGACUGGCGCAAAGUCGUACCGCUUCUCGCUAUCGUGGUCUCGCAUCAUACCCCUCGGUGGACGCAAAGACGCUGUAAACGAGAAGGGCAUCCAGCACUACGUCAAGUUCGUCGACGACCUCCGCACAGCUGGCAUCGAGCCCAUGAUCACGCUCUUCCACUGGGAUUUACCCGACAACCUGCACAAGCGCUAUGGGGGCAUGCUGAACAAGGACGAAUUCGUAAAAGAUUUCGAGAACUAUGCCAGGGUGUGUUUCAAGGCCUUCGGUUCCAAGGUGAAAUAUUGGAUCACCUUCAACGAGCCAUGGUGCAGUUCCAUUCUCGGAUAUAAUACCGGACUAUUUGCACCCGGUCGUUGCAGCGACCGUAGCAAAAGUGCGGAGGGUGACAGUUCCCGGGAGCCGUGGAUUGUUGGGCACUCGCUCCUCAUUGCUCACGGAGCCGCAGUCAAGGCGUACCGCGACGAUUUCAAGGCGAAGGAUGGGGGCCAAAUUGGAAUUACUCUUAAUGGCGACUGGACCGAGCCGUGGGACCCCGAGGACCCGAAAGAUCGUGAAGCAUGCGACCGCAAGCUUGAGUUCGCCAUCUGCUGGUUCGGCGACCCAGUGUACUUUGGCAAGUACCCAGAGUCCAUGCGGAAGCAGCUGGGCGACAGACUGCCAGAGUUCACGCCCGACGAAGCUGCGCUGGUCAAGGGAAGCAACGACUUCUACGGCAUGAACCACUACUGUGCAAACUACAUUAGACACAAGGAUGGGGAGGCCGAGCUGGACGAUUUCGUCGGUAACCUAGACGUCCUCUAUCAGAACAAGAAGGGAGACUGGAUUGGCCCAGAGACGCAAUCCGUCUGGCUACGGCCCAUGCCUUUGGGCUUCAGGAAGCUAAUCAAAUGGCUAAGCGAUCGAUAUGGCGGCCCAACCUUCUACGUCACAGAGAACGGAACCAGCUUGAAGGGUGAGAACGAGCUCCCUCUGGAGCAGCUGUUGGACGACGAGUUCCGCUGCGAAUACUUUAGGGGAUACAUUGGUGCCUUGGCCGAUGCUCAUACCCUUGAUGGUGUGGACGUCAGGGGCUACUCCGCAUGGAGUCUCAUGGAUAACUUUGAAUGGGCCGAGGGCUACACGACACGUUUCGGUGUCACGUUUGUCGAUUACCAGGGCGGGCAAAAGCGGCAGCCUAAAAAAAGCGCCCGCGAGAUCUCAAAAAUCUUCGACAAGUACAUUAAAAAGGAGUAA